AUGACUCACAUUAAACUAUUGGUGUGCAUCGCAGCCGUGGUGACCAUGUCAUGCAUGGCCAGGGAUGACGGUCAGGCGCUGACACCGCCCAUGGGUUGGCUAUCGUGGACUCGCUAUGCGUGCGAAACCGACUGCAAACGCUAUCCCAAGGGCUGUAUCGACGAACACCUGUACAGAGCGCAGGCGGACGCUAUGGCCGCCGACGGGUACAGAGAGUUGGGCUAUAAUUAUAUCAAUAUUGACGACUGUUGGAGCGAAAUGGAAAGG